UUAUUGUCGUAUAGCUGAUUGUUAACGUUUUUUUUAUUUAUCAUUAGUUUUGGAUACAGCUGGUCAGGAGGAAUUCAGUGCCAUGAGGGAGCAGUACAUGAGAAGUGGGGAAGGAUUCUUAUUGGUGUUCUCACUUACAGAUAGGGCGAGUUUUGACGAAAUCAAUAAAUUUUACAAUCAAAUUUUAAGAGUUAAAGACAGAAGUGAAUUUUCCAUGAUAAUAGUGGGAAACAAAUCUGAUUUAGAACGCGAGAGAGUGGUUUCAUCUCAAGAAGGAAAUGAAUUAGGAAGGCAAUUGAGGAUCCCAUAUAUUGAAGCUAGCGCCAAAACGAGAACAAAUGUUGACGCUGCUUUCCAUGACCUCGUAAGAGCAAUUAGGAAAAUGAAGUUUUAUGCUCAACACGAAGCGCCUCAGAAAAAACCGAAGAAGAAAAAAUGCAUUAUCUUAUAA